CCUCACCACACAAAAAUUAAAGCUCACCUCAGCUCAGCUGCUGGCUGCUGGGCCUGCUUGCUCUCCUCCCCUCCCCGUCUCCCUCUCGAUCCCUCUCCUCUACCUCCUCGUCCUCGCCCUCCUCACGCGCAGACACGCCAAAAUUCUAGGGAACCCCCACUACGCGCACCGCCGCACCCUAGCUGCCGCUCGCCCUAGCUAGAUCGAUACGGGCAGCUCGCGGCAUCGGCGGCUAGCUCCUGCGGGUGCCGACCCAGCAGCCGGGCCGCUCAAAAUUCGCGCGCGCCGCCACGCAGCGCCUCGUGCCCAUGCGGCGGACCACGCCAGCUCGGCGGCGGACAGCGCGCCACCAGUAGCCUGCCGGACACGGGCGAUCCGCCGCUGCCCGCGCGGGCCUAUGGAUCUGGCCGCAUGGCGGGCUUCCCUCUAGGCGGAGGAGGAGGAGGAGGGCACCACGGCCGCGGCGGCGGCGGCGACCACCACCACCACCCCCACGUCAGCCCUUCCUCCGGCUCCGACUCCGCGACCGCCGCCGCCGCCGCCGCGGCAUACCUCUACACGACGGCCGCCGCCGCGCCCCGGGGCGGCGGGUUCCAGCUGUGGCCGCACCACCCGGCGCAGGAGCACCACUUCUACGCGCCCAACAUCAUCCGCUUCGCCGAUGACCCCGCCGCGGGCUCCUCGCGCGGCGGCAGGGGCUCCGCCUCCGGCGCCGGCGCGGGCACCAUCAGCUGCCAGGACUGCGGCAACCAGGCCAAGAAGGACUGCGCCCACAUGCGCUGCCGCAGCUGCUGCAAGAGCCGGGGCUUCGACUGCCCAACGCACGUCAAGUCCACCUGGGUGCCCGCCGCCAAGCGCCGCGAGCGCCAGCAGCAGCUUGCCACCGGCGCCGCCGAGCCAUCCAAGCGACCGCGCGACGCCGGCGCCCAGCCUUCGUCCACUACAGCCACAACCACUUCCUCGGGAGAGCAGCAGCAGCAGAUGGCCAUGGUGGGCGAGCGAUUCCCACGGGAGGUGAGCUCGGAGGCGGUGUUCCGCUGCGUGCGCCUGGGCCCCGUCGACGAGGCCGACGCCGAGGUGGCGUACCAGACCACCGUCAGCAUCGCCGGCCACGUCUUCAAGGGAAUCCUGCACGACGUCGGCCCGGACCCGUCCGUCGCGGCCGCCGGUGGCUUCCGCCACGCCGCCGAGGGGUCCUCCCCGAGCACGGCCGCGGCGGGCGAAGGCAGCGUCGCGGGGCCCGUGUCGUCAUCGGCUGUGGUCAUGGACCCGUAUCCGACGCCCGGCCCCUACGGCGGCGCUCCCUUCUUCCACGGCCAUCAGAGGUGAUCAAACGGCCACCUCGAUUGACGGGUAGCUCAGUCUUAGCUUGCUUCAUUAUUCCCUUUAGACAUGACAUGUUGAUCGCCUUCCAAUCCAUGUCUUGAUAUUUGCUUAUUUACUAAAAGUAUUAUCAUCAUCAUCUCUAAAUUGUCAGUAGAUUUUCCUUACCUUGAUCUCUUCUCGCUCUCAAUGAUGCAUAAACUGAUGAUGAGCUGGUCUCCUGUUCACUGUUUCGUUAGGAUCAUACUACAUACUACUGUAGUAGCUAGGCCAUCAGGUUACUAGAAGUAUAAAGCUCUGGACUAGCUAGCGAGCAGUGUUCAUGAUUGAAAAUUUAAUCUGAUAUGAACGACAAUUAGGUGAUAUGGUGCCUUGCAUUGGGAGAGAAUGGUUAUCUUGAUUAUUGACAGUUUGA